AUGCACAUCCCAUCUACGACCCUAUUAAUAGCUCUCGCAGCAGCAGCGCACGCCAAAGUCGCCCCUGAAUGGCUGCAGGAGAACCACUCGAACGGCGACAACCCACCAACAGGGAAAGUCGACGAUGUGCAGAAGGUAGUCUUAACGGGCGGCCGAGAUGCCUUGAACCAGACUCAGCCUAGCAGCUGCCCGACUAUUAUGAUUGGGACAGCCAAACCAAAGGGUGAUAAGGAUACCGGAUGGGAAGAGUUGCCUACGGUUGCUGGAUUUGACUUGAAGCGGGUCGUCGUCGACGAUGAUACCAACGCUACCCUGCCAUACUUUGUCGAGAAUACAAAAGACUUCAGCCGCGUUAAGCGUGUGAUCGUGACAAUUGCUGGUGCCCGGAGAAACCUCGCUAAUUCAAGUGUGUUAGAUAUGCGGAACGCUCUGGUAUGCGCGGCCGGGAAAGACAGUGUCAACGCAGACAUGGACCGGGUCCUUGUUACCGCGCCUCAAUGGCUGAAUGAGGACGAUGUCGACGCUGGAGCUGGGACAUCCGAUGAUAUCUAUUUUGAGGGCAAUGAUUACCAAAAGGGCGAUGCUGCAGUCGGUCCAGGAGAUGUGAAUCUCUCUUCCUUUGAAGCGAUGGAUAAACUGGUCAAGAGCUUCUGGAACAAGGAUGUUUAUCCUGAACUGGAUACUGUCGUUAUUGCUAGUCACUCACUCGGCGCACAGAUGAUUCAACGCUACGCCAUGCUCCGCCCAACCCAACCCGAAGACUCCAAAGUGCACUACGGCGUCAUGAACCCAGGCUCCUACGCCUGGCCCGUAACAGACCGGCCCCUCGACGACAGCAGCUGCAACGGCACCUACAACGACUGGCCAUACGGUAUUAGUGACGACGAACCAGACGCCUUCCCCAAGUACGUCCGCACCGAUGCCGUCGCCGGCCGAUCCUCGAUUCGCGAACGAUACUUUUCACGAAACAUAUUCUAUGGGUUUGGUCUGAAGGAUCAUGGCAAGGGUGAUUCGAAUUGCCAGGCACAGUGGCAGGGCAGUACGCAUUUGGGCCGGGGGAGGAACUUUGAUGAUAUGCUCAAGGGGCUGUCAGGGGGGUUUCCGAAGAGUCAGUCUGUGCAUUAUAUUGAGGGGGUUUCGCAUCAGGAUUAUAAGAUGUUUAUUUCGGAUGCCAUGCAGAAGAAGAUGUUCUUGUUCGACGACAAUGAAUAGGAAGAAAGCCCGGCAGUUCAGGUAUAUCAGAACUCGUC